AUGGCGCCGCCUGAUAACCUCGCGCUCCCAGAGGAGCAGAAGCGUCCUGGCACCCCAUUUACAGGUACCACCUCAAGGACCGCUGCCUCUGCUGCGCUUGUGGAGGCCUCCGAGUCACCGCCAAGGAAAUCCUCCAACAUCCGAAACCAGCGCAUUGACGGCCCCUGGCUAUCAGAGACUGGCCCCUCUGGGGCAGUCCCCAGCACGACUAUCCCGGCCAUCUCCGACCAUCGGCUCCAGCAGGCGCAGCGUGAGAUCAUCGCGCUGAACAACAAGCUCGCUGAUGCCGAAGACAUAAUUGCUCGACAAGAGAUCGAGAAGGCUGACUCCAAGCCAAAGGAGUCGUCUAUGGAACCGAGGAUUUACUGCGACUUCAUUGUCCCCCGAGAGAGUCCCCGCUCCCAGAACAAAGAGGAGAUCGCGAGACUAUCAGCCAAAUUCGAUGUCCUUGAGGCUCGCUAUAAGGAAGCCAUGAGGGCACUGGAGAAGGCUGAGGGCGACACAGAUGCGGGCUCCGCUUGGCGUGGCAAGUACGGGAGCGACGAUGAAGCCUGGAAGGCGCUUUCGGACCUCGUGGAAGAAAUCGACGAUGACAACCUUCGUAUACGCCAUACCGACGGACAGGGGAGUGUGCACGAACUCCUGGCCCAAGAAAGCAAGGUCCUUGGCAUGGAGUUUCUGAAGCACAGACAGAGGCACGCGCAGCGUGAAAUACCAUCUACAGAGGCUACCACUGGAUCGAUUCCACAAGGUUCGCAAUCAAUCAAGCGACUGAAGCACGCCACAGAGGUCAAUGACCUGAUGUCUAAUCCCACCGAGAACCAGAUCGCCGAGUUCAAUCAACCGCACGAUGGAUCACAGACUGGGGAAUAUUUGGCUCCGCCUGAUGGUUACAUGGAAUGGCAGGAGACCAAGGAGUGCCUCUUGAGUCCGUGGACACCUAUUCACAGACCACCACUCGUCGAACAAAUCCCACAGGCAGAAGAGCGCAUGGGAUCCGUGGAUUGGACCCUUUGGACAGAGCGCAAGAGGCGGAUCAGCAGAAGAACGGUCGUCGAGGCUAGCCCUGAGUUGCUUGCUCGGAUUGACGAGAUUCAGCCAUGCAACGGGCAAGUCGCAGAAGAAACGGUCCGCAAGACCGAAUCUUUGUUGCUUGGCCGGGAUGAGUCAAUCCCAGCCCGGUCUAUCCAGCCCGUCCAUCUGCAGCUAGUCCCGGCGCAGCCAGUUUUGCAAGUGCAACCCGAAAGCGUUCAGACAGAGGAGGCGUUAACUCCGGAAGUUGUGAGUCAAUCCGCUAUUUCGCAGCCAACUAUCAACAUUCCACAGACCUCCGAGCAGGUUCCUCUCGAGGCAGCUAUGAGCGUGCACAAAGUGCACUUCGCGACUGUUCCGACGGAAGUGCCAACUCAAACCACCAUGAGUGUGCUCACUGGUUCUCAGACGACGCCAACGACUCAAACCGUUUUAGAGUACUAUGACAAAGUCGCCACCGAGGGAGUUCUGAAUGAGCCUGCUCUCUAUCCGCAGGCGCAUGCUGCCCUGAAGCCUUCUCCACCGGAAGACAAUAACUCUGCUUGGUCUGACGAAGAGAGGUGGCCAGCUCUUGAAAGCCAGGGGCCUUCGGAGACAGGUCCGACCUCGCCCACGCUGACAAUGCCCGGUUCCUACGUUUUUGACACGCUUGAUGAGGUUGUGCAGGCGCCAGCUGCUGUUGAGCUGUCCUUUGUUCACGAGUCAACACACGGGAGCUUGCGUACCGGUACUCGUUCGCACCUCGAGGUUCUGUUGUCUCAGCGCGAGGAGCGUAGACAGACAGAGUCGGCACUCAUGCCAACUCCCGAGGGGCUGCAGGUCGCAUCAGCCUCUCGAGACCCCACCUCUUCCCAGGUAGCUAGUCCCGAAGACGGUCCGGCAACAGGGACAGUCCGUGCGGCUGUUUCCGAGGGCGCAGAAAGGGUCGAGGAUGCCGAUAGCCCUGAAAUGCUGAGCGAAGAGCAGACUACAGGAGAACGACGGGAACAAUCGGGCGGCAGAGAGGCAACUUCUGGUCAUCAGAAACCAGAUGCCAAGUCCUCCGGCCCACCCGCCGUCACUGCUACAUCUGAAGCGUCUGACAUGCAGGAGGGAUCGGCUUUGCUGAAGGAACUGUGGGUAGGAGCUCGUCGGUUGACCUUCGGCUUAUCCGUUUUGAUGAUCCUCAUCCUAUGGUCAUUCCCCUUGUGGGCCAGGUAUCUUGGGCAUUGGCGGUACGCCAUGGAGGGACCGGAACAGUUCCUAUCAGAGCUCCGUGAGGAGCAUGGGUAUGGCGUUCCCAUCGUGGGGCGCCUGAUCUAUAUCUUCCUGCGUUUUUGUGCUGGAGAUCGGACCUUGUUCGGUUGA